ACGUUAGCGUGGCAGCAAUGACCAAUGAAGAUGAUAGUGUAGCAACGAUGACUAAUGAAGACGUUAGCGUGGCAGCGAUGACUAAUGAAGACCAAACGUCAAUGGCGUCCCAAAACAACACUACUAAAAAGUUUCCAAAAGACAGCAAAGAAAAAUGA